UAUCCCCACACUUUGCGCCUGCCCUCACUUCUCCGUUGAAAUGCCACAUUUCGGUUUCUAGCACAGCCAACGCUGGCUCAACUAGCUUCCAACAUGGAUAUCACCAGUUCGAUCGUGUCUGAGCGCGAGCGGGCUUUGUUGGGAGGAGACUAUGAUGCCUACCAUGCUCAAGCCACCCGCAAAAUUCACAAUCUCCGCAGGCGACUUGGUGCCGCAACUCGGGGGAGAAAAUAUACUCCCAAAGCCGCAGUGACUGCAGAGAAUGUGGCCAAGAACGCAGAAUGGGUGCAACUGCUUCUGGCCAGCUCCGAGCGAGCAUGGGCAUCUUCAAUGGCUAUGAAAUCGGCCCAGUCGGCAGAGAACACCCAGAAGCCCAUGCCUGGCUCCACGAAACGACAAAUCGCAUCCAGGCUUCGAAGAGCCAUCACCUAUGCCGAUAACCUUGUGACCGUUCUGCGAGAUCGCAGCACGACCGGCGCAAAAGCGAUAGACGAACUCGAGGCACGUGCUUAUCUCGCCAUGUUAAGAGGAAGUCUGGAUUUCGAGAAGGGAAGAUGGCAAGGGUGUAUUCAGAAUUAUUCCAUUGCCCAGAUUGUGUACACCACAUUGGCGCGCUCAUCGAAGACGGAUACGUACAAGGAGCUGUUAUCCGGCAUCGUCGACCCCAGUAUUCGAUAUGCUGCAUAUCAGCUGAAGAUGCCCCGCACAAAGGCCAUCAACGAUAUCGCUAUUGAGAAUUUCCCCAAAAGCGAAACCACUGUCCGUGACGAGAUCAAGAGUAUCAAUGCACAAGCCUUUUCGACAGGGACAGAGGCUGCUCCCACGAAGGGAGGCCCCAGGGAAACCCCGUCAACAAUCUCUUGGAGGAGUAGGAAAGUGAAUCUGGAAGACGCCAACAUCUCUCAAGCCCUCGGUUUCUCGAAAGAACGGGAGGAUGAGCUGAACGCAGCCUACAAAUCCUUCAAAGAUGGAUCUCUAAGCGCCAAAGACCUAGCAACCGCAUAUGAAGAAGUCAUCACCGCUCGCCAGGACGCUGCAGAUGCAACGAAGACAGCCAUCGACGAGCUCAUCGCCGAAGGCGUUGACACUGGUGACCCUCGCCUGCAGUCACUUCAAAUCACCCGUACGGCUGUUAACUACGCCGUGAUCGAAUGGCGGAUUGGACGCAACAGAGUUCUCUGUGGUGCAGCGGACGACGGUCUGGCUUUUGAGUCCGAGAAGCCUACGAAGGCUCUGAGGCCACGCAAAGAUGGCCAACCUCGCGCACCAAAGGAAGAGAGUUCCGGCCGCAAGUUAUCAAGGCUGCGGGAGAGAGUUGCACUCUGCGACUCGAUCCUGCAGAGUCUCGAUGCCGUGAAAGAGUUACCUGGAGUUAUUGCGGACAGUGCCUUUGUGGACGAGCUUGAUGCAAAAAGAGCAUACUUCCGUGCUUUGAAGUGUUUGGCUGUUGGCCGCUCACAUGCUAUUGGUGACCACAUUCCAAGUGCAUUGGCUUUGUAUGCUCGAGCACUUGAGCUGUCAGAGAAAGCCGCAAAUACAUUGAAGGCAGAGUCCACUGACAACGAUUCAACACCACCAAAGCUCGACCUGUCACCCCAGCAUCUCACGCAGACGACCGCAGUUCUCAACAAACUGGUCACUCAGUUCCGUGCACUGGCUGACUUGGAAUCCCUUGCCAACGCCGCUAAGCCAUCGCUUAAAGACACCGCUCAGGCGAGCGCCAUUAAACCCGCUCCUCUCAUUGAACGCCUCUCCCACAACGAAUACAUUGCCAACUUGGACCUAACCAAUCUCGUGAACUACCCUCCCAAACUCCGCCCGGUCCCAGUGAAACCACUGUUCUUUGACCUGGCAUGGAACUACAUCAAGUAUCCUGGCCAGAAGGGACCCGAAGAUGAUGGAGGAGCAGAGGAUGUGCAGAUGGGAGGGGUUGAAGAGGAGGUGAAUGGAAAAGUUGCGAAGAGCGAGGAAGAGCAGAGACCAGCGAAGAGGGGUUGGUUUGGCUUUGGCCGCUAGGUAUUCGCGACGCCACAGCAUAGAGCCUGUGGGGGGAGAGUGGUGGCACUUGCAGGUGAGGAUGCAGGGUGCAGGAUGCUCUUUGCGGUUGUGACUGCGGCCUGCGAGCCUACCAGAGGCCAGGCGCAAGCAGUCUGCAGUUAGCGGAUUGGGUGGUGCCUCUCGAUGCGAACUGGUGGACCAUGUCAGACCGUCUAGACGACAUCCGAGAGAGAAGGGGUCAUCCCGUGCGCAUAUGCAGAAGCUUUUCAACCUCAGCUGAGCAAGGGGGUGUCGAUGCACGCGGACCGUCCAGGCGAGAUAUGGAAUGGCAGGGCCGGCGACAGUGACAGUCACAGGGACAGGGACAGGGACCGUUGACGAUGGCCCACGACGAGGAUGAUACUGAUGUCGAUGUGUGACGACGAUGGCGAUUGUGACUGUGAUCUUGAUCGUGGGAUGAUGUACUCCAUACCGAGUAGAGCACAGCCAUCAUCAAACGAACGCUACGAGUAGAGACUGCCAAAUUGCAUUGCCAAAGCUCUCCAGACAUAUAGACAUUCGUACAUGGAAACCUCGUGCAUUAAGGAACCUAUUGGCCCACGCAGGCCAGUCAACUUCGAACUAGGCUGUGUCUCAACCUACACGC